AUGGCGACCUCCAUCGUUCUGUAUUAUACGUUCUCGCCAAUUGCAACAAAAUAACAUUAUUGUCACAUGUCAAAACGUUGUUGUUGGUCGCAGAAAAUACAACACGGUUUAGUAUAUUGAAUCGGAAACGUUAAAAUCGUCUCCAAUGCUUUGUACAUUUGUAGAACUGCGCGCGAUGAUGGUCUGAGGGGAUUUCCAAGCAUGGCCACCGAUAACAGAAUUCAUUUCUGGAGGAAAAACGCAAAGGUUCCAGGGAGUAUACAGCCAGUUUAUGGAGCACAGCAUCCUCCCCUUGACCCCAGAAUCCACCGCACGUUUCCUAAAGACACUCCAAAGGCAAAUAAUCUCAAGUCCAAAAAGGCGUCUAGUUUCCACGAGUUUGCCCGCAGCACAAACGAUGCCUGGGACAUCGACGAUGAGGAGGAUGAGGACUUCUUAGCUCCCAUCCAUCCCUCAUCUCUCCCGCUCACCCUGCCCUCCACACACCAGGUACCUCCUCUUCCUCCACAACAACCCAUUAACACCACCAUUGAGCCAGACACAGGGCCAGGGCCUGCAGACCGGCUGGCUCCCCCAACAGCAGAGGUCCGCCUUCAGCAUGAGGAGGCCAAUGGCAGAGUGGUGGUGAAGUCCAGCAGUGAGGCCCAGCUCAACACCAAUACAGUGCGUUCCACUCUGCAGAAGCAACAGUCUCUCCCAGUCCGCCCCAUCAUCCCGUUAGUCGCCAGAAUCUCUGACCAAAAUUCAUCGGGGGCCCCAAUCAUGACAGUGCGAGACAAGAGUCGAUUGGACAAAUUCAAAUACCUUCUGUCCUGUCCUAACACCGACCUCGAGGAGCUCCGGAAGCACAGCUGGUCAGGCAUUCCACGAGAAGUGAGGCCCAUCACAUGGAGGCUCCUCUCUGGUUACCUCCCAGUCAACAUGGAGCGCAGAGACCUGGUGCUGAAGAGGAAGAGAGAUGAGUACUUUGGUUUCAUUGAACAGUAUUACCACUCCAGGACAGACGAGACUUACAAAGACACAUAUAGACAGAUCCACAUUGAUAUUCCGAGGACAAACCCACUAAUUCCACUUUUCCAGCAGCCUGCGGUGCAAGAGGUGUUUGAGAGGAUCCUCUUCAUCUGGGCUAUCCGCCAUCCAGCCAGCGGCUACGUCCAGGGAAUCAAUGACUUGGUCACUCCCUUCUUUGUGGUAUUCCUUUCCGAAUUUGUUGAGGAGGAUGUGGAGAAUUUUGACGUAGCGUCCUUGCCUCCUGACACCCAGAGGAACAUUGAGGCAGACAGCUUCUGGUGCAUGACCAAGCUGCUGGACGGAAUACAGGACAACUACACUUUUGCUCAGCCAGGGAUUCAGAACAAAGUUAAAGCUUUGGAAGAAUUGGUCAGCAGAAUCGAUGAGGACAUACACAACUACUUUAAGAGGUAUGAGGUGGAGUACCUGCAGUUUGCUUUUCGUUGGAUGAACAACCUGCUGAUGAGAGAGCUGCCUUUACGCUGCACCAUACGCCUCUGGGACACCUAUCAGGCUGAACAAGAGGGCUUCUCCCACUUCCACCUCUACGUCUGUGCUGCUUUCCUGAUCGAGUGGCGCAAAGAGAUCCUCUCCAUGGUCGAUUUUCAGGGUCUUCUCAUGUUACUCCAGAACCUUCCUACAAUCCACUGGGGGAACGAGGAAGUGGGCCUUCUCCUGGCUGAAGCAUACAGACUCAAGUAUAUGUUCGCUGACGCGCCCAAUCACUACAAGAGAUAGGCCUCUAUGCCACUGGUUCUUAAGCUCUUUUUUUAACCGUGGCACACCUUGAUAGGUUAAAACAUUGUGCUGCACACCUGCAAUUUCCCUAUUCAUGUAGUGGUAAUGGCAUGCAUCUUACAUGAUCCAUACUGCAAAUCAUCUAUUUUCUGUGACAAAUGUUUUUUAUCGGUUAAAUUGAGUUAAUUUGAUCGUUCCUUAAUCUGAAUGUGUGUCUACCCCUUAAAGAGUGAUCUGUGAAUCCGAGUUAGAUUUUUUUUAUUUAGG